AAUCUACACAUCAAACACCAAAACCUAAAAUACUUCACAGCUGCAACAAAACCAUCUGCACUCACUUUUCUUGUUGACGCACAAAUCUCUCAAAUUUCAUCAUCAAAUCGAUCACAAUCUCUUGAUCUUCACCCUACAGAUUCCGUUAACGAACAGAAUGGCAGCACAAACCGAAUCAACCACUCCUAGUGUACAAGUGGUUGGCAAUGCGUUUGUCGAACAAUAUUACCAUAUACUCCAUCACUCCCCAGAUAUGGUUCACAAGUUUUAUCAAGACAUGAGUUUCAUAAGCCGACCCGAUGAAGAUGGUUCAAUGAUAACCGUGACUACCAUGAAAGGUAUCAAUGACAAAAUAUGUUCAUUGGAUUACACCGCCUACAAAGCUGAGAUAAAGACGGCUGACGCUCAAGAGUCGUACAAAGACGGGGUUAUCGUUUUGGUAACUGGUUUUUUAACCCGGAAAGAGGAUAACCAACGAAAGAAGUUUAUACAAAGUUUUUUUCUUGCGCCGCAAGACAAGGGUUACUUUGUGCUUAAUGAUGUUUUCCGAUACGUGGAUGAAAGUAAGCCAAUGGAGGACAGCCAUGUGAUUGCCGAAGAGAUAAACGAUAACCAAACACCAUCGUUAAUCUCAGUUGAUUGUCCAUUACCAGACCCUGCUGGUGUUCAUAAAGAAGAAGCUCCACCUAUUGAGGAAGAAUCCGUAGACGUUUUGGAAACCGAGGGGCCGCCGGCAAAUGAAAGUGAUUCAGUGCAACCUGAGCCCCGUUCAAUUGAGAGCGUAAUACCAAUAGUUGAAGAAUCGGUUUCUUCUAAUCCUGUGGAGGAUGCUCCGAAAUUGUCGUACGCGUCAAUUUUAAAUUCUCAAAUUAGAAAAGGGGGUCCAGGGCCGAAUAAAGUUUAUGUUCCUGCUAAAACGGUAAAGGCGACACCGGCUAAAACUGAAAACAAAACAGUUGUUACGGGUGCACAAGGUCCACCGCCAGAAGCACCUGCACCUAUCGCCUCGAGUAGCGUUAGUUCUCCUAAUGGCAUCAAUCCUCAUGAUGAAGGUGAUGGUUAUUCUGUUUAUAUCCGGAAUCUGCCUCAUAAUGCGACAGUACCACAGCUUGAGACGGAGUUUAAGAAAUUUGGACCUAUUAAGCAAGGAGGUAUCCAAGUCAGAAGCCAUAAGCAGUUCGGAUUCUGUUUUGGCUUCGUUGAAUUUCAAGAUGCCACUUCAAUGCAGAAUGCAAUUCAGAGUUCUCCCGUGCUUAUUGGUGGUAAAGAAGUCGUUGUGGAGAUAAAGAGAACUACAACUAGAGUUGGGAUUGGACGCGGCCGUUUCUCUUCAGGGCGCGGUGGUUUCAGAAGUGACAGUUUCAGGGCACGCGGUGGCAGCUCCAACAGCGGUGGUGGGCGAGGCUACGGUAGAACUGACUACGGUGGUGGGCGUGGUGAUUUUUCAGGUCGAGGAAGAGGUCCAGGUGGACAUGGCGGCGAUUCUUAUCACCAAGGAAGAGGAAGAGGCGGCGGCGGCAGAAGAGGCGGCUCCACCCAUUACACAACCGCAACCUCCUCCGCCUGAUUUUUUCUCUUUUCUGACAAUUUGUUUCACUGCCAAAUAUCAGACACGGUAGAAGGUUAGUAACUUUUAGUGACACUAGUUUCAUGAUCAAAACAAUUUGUUCAUCUUCUGUUAGUUUCAGUUAUUCUUUCUAACUUAACUUGUUAUUGGGCCUUAAAUCUGUUAUUGGAGUAUUGGACUCGUGUCUUUAUCUUCAUCA